AUGAAACUCCCCUUAACCCUCAACACAAAAUUGGUAGUUAUGGAAUCUAUCCGCAGCAAAAUACCGAAGGAUGUAUUGGAUGAAAUCUAUCGGGCUGAUCAAACGCAUGUCUUGAGUUUUUUUGAAGAAGAUGAUUACACUGAGGAGGAUAUUGCAUCGCUUGUACGUCAAUGUCGGAGUUUUGACCUAAUCCGUUCCCGCAACUUAUAUUCGAAAUCAAUAAGCCAAAGCGGAAAAUUGAAUAGUUUGUAUGAAAAAAUAUCCGAAUAUCCAGAGAAUUACAUAUAUUCGGAAGACGUGGAUCCGGAAGAUAGAGAGAAGUACAAGACGGCAGGCUGCAAACUGAUAGCUGACGGAAAGGUAGCUCUAGUUUUGUUAUCGGGUGGCCAGUCAACCCAUUUUAAUCCGACAGUUCCGAAGGGGGAUUGUGAUUUUGGCUUUCCUUCUCAUAAAACGCUUUUCGAACGGAUUUUCCUGUCGGUUCGAAAGAUCCAAAACAUCGUGGAGCAACGUUUCCACAUUCAAGUGAACAUCCCUAUCUACAUCAUGACCUCGGAGUUCAACAACGACUCGAUCUCCGCUCUUCUCAAGAAGCACAACUACUAUAAUCUCUCCGAGAGUCAGUUUGUUCUCUUCUCGCAAGGCUCCCUUCCCUGUGUGGACCAGGAAGGACUUUUCAUCAUGCAGAAGAAGAAUCAGAUCGCUCUCUCUCCCGAUGGAAGCGGUGGUUUCUAUUUUGCAAUGCACCGCCAUCAUCUUCCGAGUCAGUGGAAGGAGAAAGGCAUCGAGUACAUCCAUGUGUUUGGAGUGGACAACGCGAUGGAGCUGGUAGAUGGAUGGAUCGAGUCGUUCUGA